UACAGUAGCGUGUAAGACGCUUACCAUAGAAUAAGAAGGAAGUGCUGCAACUAAUGAGGGGUUGCAUAUUGGUCGAUUGUCCGGUUGAACUAAUUGUCUGUGUUUUAAAUUGACACAUCAAUGGAUUGUAAGCCAUUGAGCUCUAAGGCCAGUGUGGAAGAGCCAGGACAGGACCGCUCAGAGCUCGAGACCAGGGCAGCAUCCGCCAGCUGGUCGGGGUCAUUCAAAUCGGGUCCGCCUGGUGCCACAGUUGACUCCCAGCUCAAAGAGGCAGUGCGCUUAAAAACUGAAGGGAACACUUUCUACCGGGAAAAGAACUUUAGAUCUGCUAUAGGGCGAUAUCACCGCUCCCUACUUGUACUGCGGAGUUUAGAUGCAAAUGUGAUGGCGGCGGUUAAAGGAUUUGGUCCCGAAGCGCCAGUACUUACUGCAGAGCAAGAGGAAAUACUGAGGAGCACCCAGGUUGACUGCUACAACAACCUAGCAGCCUGCCUGCUACAGAGACAGCGUGUGAACUACGCCCGCGUGCAGGAGUACAGUUUGCGUGUGCUGCAGUGGCGUCCUGCUGACAUCAAAGCCUUGUACAGAGCGGGAGUUGCCACUCUCGAGCUGGGAGACGCACAGACCGCCCGCCUGUACCUCACUCAGGCCAGCAGAGGUCAGCCUAACGAUGCAAAUGUGAAGAAGCACCUGCAGCGAGCAGAGGAGAGGCUGAGUAGCGAGUACCAGAAGGAGAAGGCCCUGUACCAAGGCAUGUUCACCAGCCAGGGGGGCCAGAGGAAUGGCUCUGGGGAAAGCACAGGCCAGGUCACCCCUAAGUAACUCUGACCUCAAAAAGGAGCCACACACACCUGAGGUGUGCACUUUCCCUGCUCCCCGAUAGAGGAUCAUAGGCACAGCGUUGGUGUGAGCUUGGAUCUGAAACCAAUCAAAAGCCUUGAAAUCUAUGUCGAGGAGUGGAUAGGUUUCACACAUGUAGAUGAGACUAGGGGGUGCUGGAAAAGGAAGAUGAAGACAGGAAAGGAGUCAUGCAGAAUUAAUGCGUUGCCUGGCAACAGGAGAGGGAUAUUUUGGGAUUGAACAGAGAGGUCAAAAGUUUAAUGAUACAAAAUUAAAUUUUCUGAAUCUGAACACUGUUGGAAAGUUCUGUUAUGCCUUUCACAUUGUGAUUGUGUUUGAUUUCACAAUCAAUUGUGCUUGUGUUUUUGUGUACGUGUUUUCAUUCAGUUAUAUAAAUAUUUUUGCAAGUACAAAAAUGUCCAAAGAUUAAAUAAAUAUUCAGAGGCCACA